AUGUCUCUUUUAAUUCCAGUGAGAAGGUUCUCCGGGAAUGCGGUGUUACGGACAGCCAUUACGAAUUUGUCCGCCAGAAAACAAGGUACUGGAACGGGACCAUUUGUGGAACUCCCAGAUCUACAGCCAUUGCAUGACUCACUUCUGCUUCGGAUACCAAGUUCCAGCUCUGUGGUAGGUAAGCUCAACAAUAUCACCGUUAUUGAUAGUUCAAAUGAGUUGAAGGACAUAGAGCUUACGAAGCUGUUCGCUAUCCAAAAACAAAAAGAUACCGGAUUCGUCACAUUAUCCACGGCCGAUGAGCCUGUUAAUCUGAUCUGUACCGCAUCUACAAGGCUAAACAACGUCACAGUUAUUAACCUUGAUGAUUAUGAGCAAGGAUGGACGGUCAAUGAUCCUCUGAAUAAUAUACUUUGCUAUUCCGGAGAUGUGUCAAUAAAUGGAAAUAAAAUCGUAGGGAGAGGCAUUUUUGCACUCAAUGGACAAGGAUCCAGUUGGCAUAUUAUGUUGAAAGAAUCAGAACAAAUAGUUGCACCAGCUACCUCCGUUUUAGGCUUUAGCUCAACUGUGUCCGUUAGCCCAGACAAGAUUACCAGUCCUUUACAUUUCACAAUACCAACUUUCUUUGCAUUGCCAACAGGAGUAAGUACAUGGAUCCAUUCCAAUAUUACUCCUAAAUAUGAAGCUUUGAGGUUUCAAUAUAAUAAACUUUUCAGGAAAAACAAAAUUACGGCUAGUUUACAAGGACCCGGCAUAGUAAUCUUACAGCAUCAAAACACCAAUUAUUCAAGAAAUAUUCUAUACACUGAUGAAGCUUUAUUAGAAGCUCUCAAAAAAUAA